GGGCGGACCGAACGGGCAGCUCGGGCAGCUGCCCAGAUGGGCCAGGUGCCCUCUGAGGGAGAAGCUUCAUUCGCUGCAGAGGCUUUUGAAAGACCCCUCGUUAUUUGUGGUCGUAGAAAGCGGGUUUUUUUUUUUCUUGUUUUUUCUUUUGAAAUUCCUUCUCAUAAGUUAUUAAAGGUGAGAGAAUUCCAGGUCUUUCGGGUACUUCCUCAUUCGAAUUUUAGCACUUUCCUGCUCUGGUUUUUGGGUUUUUUUUGUUAUCAUUUCUACGGUUUCCUGGUUUUAAUUUCUGUUUUGAUUUUCUGGUUCUUGGUUUUGGGGUACUUUUGGUUGUGGAUCCCUGGUGUUUGAGAUUUUAGGGGUUUUUUUAAGGGGUUUCUGGGCCCAAUUGGUUUGAAUUUUGGAUUCCUACCUUUUGGCGUCCAAGCCUUUGAAGAGGAGUUCGAGCUGAAACUUGUUCUCUAUCCAAUUGGUUAGAGGUAUUCUCUGAAAGUUAGGGUUUCUCCAUUCGGAUGCAUCGGGAGAUUCUUUAAAAAGAAAAAAGAAAUACAGGGUUUUUCUUACUGGGUUCUCUGAGAGGAUCUUACAGUAACGGCUUGUUUAUCGGGAGAUUAUUUAAGAAAUCAGGGGGUUCUUUGUUCAGGGUUUUAUUGAAGUCGGGUGUUGAGGAAUUCCUAUUAGCCUUCGUGCUAUGUUCUAGGGUUUUAUCUCAGGGAGGUUCUGUCAGAGCUUGAAACCUUCUUUUCAUGGCUGAGAUUUGUUAUGGUGUUGUCAGUGAUGGAGAGGCCUCACCACCCUGCGAGCCCAGCUCGAGAGCUGCCCGUCGAAGGAGGAUGGAGAUCCGGCGGUUCAAAAUCGUUGCAGGGGUUGCCACCUCGCCGGAGAACUCGAGAAAGCGGCAGAGAACUGAAGCCUCUCUCUCACCUCGUGAGUGUAGCAACGCAAUUGAGACCUGCGACGAGAGCUCCGGUCAAAUUCAGUCCGGCAGGAAACUUCUGGCCAGACGGACCUCAGAUUCCUAUGAGUCGCAAAUGACUGAAAUACCUCUGGCAGUGGCUCCAGAUGAUAGGGUUUCUGAGUGGAGGCCAGUGUUUGGGAUGCUCUCAGUUUGUGGGAGGAGGCGAGAUAUGGAGGAUGCCGUUUCAGUGCUGCCCUCAUUUUUCCGGUUUGGACGUCAGAUUCGGGCGCCUGAGUUUCAUUUCUUUGGCGUUUAUGAUGGCCAUGGAUGUUCUCAUGUGGCAGCCUCUUGCAAGGAGAGGUUACAUCAGUUGGUUGCAGAGGAGCUGGAAUCAAUCAUUGAAUGUGGCAUAUUUGAGCCGGAAUGGAAAGAGGUGAUGGAGAAGAGCUUCAAGAGGAUGGACAUGGAAGCAACAGGCGGUGUCCAAACUGGUACUUCCACUACCAAUUGUAGGUGUGAGCUGCAAACACCUCACUGUGAUGCAGUGGGCUCAACAGCUGUGGUUGCAGUGGUGGCACCCUCGCAUAUCGUGGUUGCAAAUUGUGGCGAUUCGCGGGCUGUGCUAUGUCGGGGUGGGGAACCAGUGGCCCUCUCGAGUGAUCACAAACCUGAUAGACCGGAUGAGCUGCUUCGGAUCCAAGCGUCAGGGGGCCGAGUGAUAUAUUGGGAUGGGCCUAGGGUCCUAGGCGUUCUUGCGAUGUCUAGGGCUAUUGGGGAUAAUUACUUGAAGCCCUAUGUAUCAUCGGAGCCUGAGGUCACAGUGACUGAGCGAGCAGCUGAAGAUGAAUGCCUCAUACUUGCGAGCGAUGGUCUGUGGGAUGUUGUCUCAAAUGAAGUUGCCUGCGAGAUUGCAAGACGGUGUCUGCAGCGUGCUCCUGAGAAUGGUGCAAGCUCCUCUGGCGUCAAUGGGUCAGAUCCCGCAUGCUCUGUGGCGGCAGCUUUGCUGACAAAGUUGGCUUUGGCAAGGCAAAGCACUGAUAACGUGAGCGUAGUUGUUAUAGACCUUAAGAGUGCACAUUCACACGGUAGAGCCAAAUUGGGGGGAGUUCAAUUUGGGGUUAAGCGUUAGUUUGAUUGGGAUAGUAAGAAAAUUGGUCCCUCGGAAUAGGUUUUACAGAUUAAAAGGAAGGACAAGAUAGUAGAGUGGCUCCUUUCCUUGACAGGGAGAUUACAGUGGGUUGUUACUCUUUCAUAUUUCUUGAUCCAGAGAAAUGGAGGAGUGUAAAAAGAAUAGAGGAGGUGAUGAUUUUUCGAGUGUAUUUCAUGGUCUUCCAUUGUUACUGGGGGAGAAGGUUUGAUUAGAGGGGGAACGUCUCGUUCUUGUCAUUUGCUUGUGGGUGGGACAACAAAGAAUUAUAGGGGGAGGGCGUGGCUUAAGAAAAGUCAGCCUGAUUUAUGUUCUUGCUAUAUAGGAAAGGAAAUAUUAUGGUUAGUUGCAUUUGAUUUCAUGCCUAAUGAAAAGAAGUUUGCAUUUGCUUCCCAAAGAGUAUAUGCUACCAAGGGGAAAGAAUUUUUUAUUUGCUUCCCAGUGAAACUAUGAGAAGGUGAUCCAUGGAUGCUCACUUGAGUUGCU